CACUUUUGGCAUGAGCGCUGUGGCUGGCAAAUCCCAUGGGAAGCGGCACUGCCUGGAGGUGACACCCACCCGGUGAGGUAUAAAGAGGCCCCGGCGAGGGCAGGAGGCAGCGCUUCCACUUCUGCAUCGGGCUCGCAGCAGGCUCGGCUUCUGUCGCCACAUCCACCUCUCACCAUGAGCUGCAGCAUCAAGAGGACAUCCAGCACCUCGUACCGCAGCGCAGGCGGGGGAGGCAUCUGCGCCGGGGCCGGCGGCAGGAGCUCCUCCGCCUCGUGCCGGCGCUACGCCUCCUCCGUGAUCGGCGGCAGCUCCGCGGGGGCAGCGUGCGGCAUCGGCUACGGCGGGGGCAUGAGCGCCGGCAGCCUCGCCGGGGGCUUCUGCGGGGGCCUGGGAGGAGGCUUCGGGGGCGGCUUUGCGGGAAGCUUCGGCGCCGGGGGGGACGCGCUGCUGAGCGGCAACGAGAAGAUCACCAUGCAGAACCUCAACGACCGCCUGGCCUCCUACCUGGACAAGGUGCGAAGGCUGGAGGAGGACAACGCCCAGCUCGAGCUCCACAUCCGCGAGUGGUACAGGAAGCAAGCUCCCAGCGCCUCCAAGGACUACAGCUCCUACUACCAGACCAUCGAGCAGCUCCAAAACCAGAUCAUUUCUGCCACUGUGGACAACAACAGGAUGCUUCUGGACAUCGAUAACAGCAAGAUGACUGCUGAUGACUUCCGAAUGAAGUAUGAGAAUGAACUGGUCAUCCGUCAAACUGUGGAGUCUGACAUCAAUGGCUUGAGAAAUAUGCUGGAUGACCUGACUCUGGUUAGGUCUUCACUGGAAUCUGAGCUGGAGUCCUUGAAAGAUGAGCUGAUUGCUCUGAAGAGAAACCAUGAGGAGGAAUUACGACAGCUGCAGUCUCAGACUGGAGGUGAUGUGAGCGUGGAGGUCAACGCUGCUCCCGGAGAAGACUUGACCAAGAUUCUCAAUGACCUGAGAAAUGAGUACGAGCAGAUCAUUGAGAAGAACCGCCGGGAGGUUGAGCAGUGGUAUGAAGUCAAGAUCGAAGAAGUCAAUCGACAGGUCACCUCCAGCAGCCAGGACAUCCAGACCAGCAGCCACCAGCUCACCGAGCUGAAGCGCGAGAUGCAGAACCUGGAGAUCGAGCUGCAGGCGCAGCUCAGCACGAAAGACUCGCUGGAAAACUCCUUGGCCGAGACGGAAUCUCGCUACGGCUGCCUGCUGCAGCAAAUCCAGGGGCAGAUUAACGCCGUAGAGGAGGAGCUGGGCAACAUCCGCUGCGAGAUGGAGGGCCAGAGCCAGGAGUACAAGAUGCUGCUGGGCAUCAAGACCCGCCUGGAGCAGGAGAUUGCUCAGUACCGGGCGCUGCUCCACGAGGGACAGCAAGACCUUGCUGCCUCCCAAGGAGCUUUCCAAGGAGGAGGAAAAUCCUCCCAGUCAUAUUCUUCUAGUUCCUUCUCUCAAUCCCAGUCUGGUGAUGUGACAGGGCAGUCAAGAGUGUGCUAGAGCAACAGCAGUGAUGCUGGCAUCCUCCUCCUAAAUGCACUGAGCUGACCCACGGACGAGAGGCAGAACCCAAUGCUCCUGCAGUGCAGCCGAUGCGAUGCAGUGCAGAGCAGCGCUCAUCGCUGGCCUCGCCUUCCCUUCUGCAAUGCUGGCCUUACUCAACUUGUCAACUGGAUCU